CUUCUUCUUUGUGUUGCUUCAUUUUGGGUCUUUACUUCAAUAGCAUUGCUUACACACCCUUUGGCAACAUUAGCACACACGAACAAAUGCCGCUCACUUCGACGUCGUCCUCUGGAACGCUGCGCCCGCCUUCGUCCACGUCGCUUGCGAACGUGACUGUAGACGAGGUUGUCAGUCGGCUGUGCGCUGCGCUCGAGGCCGCUCUCCCCGCUGGCGAGGAGAUGGGCGAGGAUCGCUUGUCGGCCGAGGUUGCCGACUUUCUAAUGAUCCGCGGAAUGACCGACUACGACUCGAAAGAAUCCAUCGAGCUGGCUGCGCGAGUGAUCGAGUACGGUGUUGACGCUGUGCUCAUGCGCGAGAUGGCCACCGCGACCGAGGUGAUGCUGGACACAGUGCUGCCCUUGUUCGACCGCGUCGAGACGGUCAUUGCACGCUGCGAAAAGGAGGUGCGCGACAACCCCGCGCUCAAGUUCCCCGCGCUGCUGCUCGACAAGCUCGCCGUCUUGCGUGCCAAGCGGACAGACACAACGCCAGAGAAGGCGCGCGAGGUCAUUCUCGAGUUCGAGUCCACCCGCGCCAACUCGGCCGUGCAGGAGAGCAUGCGGCGCAAAAAGUCUGCCUUCAACGAGCGCACGCGCAAGUUUGAGGAUGCCCAACAGACCGUAUCACAAGUCCGCAACGAGUCGAUGCGUCUCAAGUCGACCAAGUCUCGUCCGAGGAUUGAUUUGAUUUAAGCGUUUUUGCGGUAGCGGUGGCCAAUGGGCAGCCAGUGCUUUUUUUUUUCGGAAGAGGCCAGACAAAAACAAAAAAAAACGGUCGACUUUGAUUGUACUUUGAUUGCCACGUUUGAUUGUGACUUGUUUAUCAUGUCCUGCCCCCUCGCAUGUUCCAGCACAAAUUGACAAUGUUUCUUGAUAGA